UAUCUUUAAACCAAAAGCAGAUGGAUGUCUCGGUCAGCAAACGGUGCAGCAUUCCUUUAAGCAGUUGGGUGCGGAGCGGUAUUAUCAUUAGAGAACCCAAACAUGAGGUGGUGGCUGUGGCUGAUUCACAUUUGAAGCCAUUGCAAUCGACAGAUGUACAA